CCCGCCCCGUGGCUCUUCGCCACCGAAGCAAUUUCUCUCGCUUGUGCUUUCAGUGUCCCUGGAGGGGGUUUGUGUGAUGGACAGCUGCGGGUGCUGACACCCUUGGCGACCCGAGCGCCAGGCAAAGCAUUGCGCCGAGACUUUAAAGGGAGGGCGGCUGGGACCACGCGCGCGCGGGGGCAGAGCAGCCCGAAUCGGAGCCAGCCUGAGCCCAGCGGGGUAGGGCUUUGGGAGAAGGAACUGCCUCUCUGGGGAAUCUUUGAGUUGGGCUCUGGGCGGCCGGAGCAGGGAUGAUGAUCUGGGACUGGAUGCUUCGACCUCGCUGCUGCUGGCCCUCGCUGCUGCUGCACUGUGCUCUGCACCCGCUCUGGGGUUUCAUUCAGAUUACUCACGGUGAACUCCAGAAGUCAUGUUCUAAGACCAUCACAGAAAAAGGUACUGAGAGCUGCCAGGAGAUUUGUCAGUGUAGACGGCCUCCUCCACUACCACCUCCUCCACCACCUCCUCCACCUCCUAGGCUGCUCUCCCUCACACCUCCUAACUCUACCUCGUGUCCUGCUGAAGAACCCUGGUGGUCAGGCUUGGUCAUUAUCAUUGCAGUAUGCUGUGCCACACUCGUGUUUCUGGUUGUCAUUGUCAUCAUUUGUUACAAAGCCAUAAAGAGGAAACCACUAAGAAAAGAAGAGAAUGGAACAAGUGGAACCGAAUAUGCAAUGACCUCCUCUCAAAACAACAAAACAGUGGAUGUAAAUAAUGCGGUUGUGUAAUCCUUGCUGACUCCCAGACAGCCUGACUGGAGUGAGAUCUCCUCAAAGCACAUAGGGAUACAGGAAAAAGGGAGGGAGCAAAGACACGGCAGGUGACUGCUUGGUGGGCCCAGGAUUUAAUUUCCCAAUUCUUGCACACCUCAAGCAUUCAAAGAGAGCAACCUGACUGCUUUUCAAGACUUUGCUGAAGGUCUAAUGAAAAGGAAUUUGCCUGCCAGCCAGAGGCAGCUCAGAGAGGAGAAUAUAUAGAGUUAGAAAAGGACCCUAGAGAUCACACCUCAUUUUACUGAGGAGGAAAUUGAAGGCAAGGGAGUUAAGUGAUUCACCCAAAGUCACACAUCUUAGAAGGAGGGGCAGUGUUGGAAUUGCAACCCAGAUUCUCUUGCUCCUGAUACAGUGCUCUUCCUCCUAUGCCCAGAAUGAGGUAUGAUGACCACAUGCAAUGUCUGUCGAGGGGGCAAACAUCAGCAUGCCUCGAGCUUCUCUCUUGUCAGACUUGCUGUUCUCAUUUUUGUUUGAUCUUCAGUUAACAAGAGCUGCUGACAAAAGAGGACUUGCUGGCAUUGGGAAUUUAGAAUGGGCAUUCUAUCCUACUUGCUGGUUACAUUCCUCUGGCAAGGCAAUAGCACCCUCCACUUUUUUAUCCUUUAGAGGGAAGGCAUCCAUGAGUGUAUACUAUCUGCCCCCAACCUGCAUGCCCUCACAAGCAAGGCUGGGAAAUCUUAUCAGCAGUCUGGUGACUAUGCAAUUUCCAGUGACCCAAGGUCCUUCGAUCGCGACAGGCCUCCUUCAAGUGUUGGUAUGACUGUGAGAAUUUUCAUUUUUUAAAAAGGUGCUUUCAAUACAUUCCUCCUCAAGAGCCUCCAUGCUUUACUUUGGGUUUCUGUCUUACCUUCUUUUUUCUUCACCCCAGCACAAUAAUUGAGUUCCUUGUUCUUCCGCAGCUCUCUAAGUUUGUACUCUAAGGACCCACUGCACACUAGCUCUUCAUGAAACUGCCUGAUGAAGGAGAAAAAAAGAACAAGAAACUUGUUUACAUUAGUAUGGAUAAACAGCUGUGUUCAUGGUCUCAGAUAUGGAAAGGAUGAGCCAGACCAGAAACCAAAGUUCUCUUUCUAUCCUUUGGAUGAGCUGUUGAAUAGGGGAAGGUCCCUUUCCCCACUUAGUUGUUUUGGUUUUGGUUUUUAAUUUCUUUGCAUAUUUUCUCAACUCAUUAAGAGCUUAAUAGACCUAGCUUGUAGUUAGUGUUGUUUGUAGAAAGACAGGCAAAUGAUUGUGAGCUCAGUUCUCUGACUGGCUAUGAUGGAGGCUGCCUAUUGUGCCCAAUUCUGCAUGGGAACUUUUGGUCAUAUUUAUGGGUGGUAUGACUGAUGCUUUCCCUAGAGCCAAGAUGCCACUAGGACUGCAAAUACCAAGGUACUAAGUUGUUCCCUCACUAUAAAACAACUAGAUCUGUUCCCCAGAAGAACUGGAAGUCUUCAUUUGGAAAUUGGCUAACCAUUUGGGGAUGUUAUAGGGAAAAUUUAUGAUUUAGCUACCAGUUGAAGUAGAUGACCUUUGCAUAUCCUAACUCCAGAACUUCAUGAUUAUGAGAUAACCUUGUUUUGGCUCCCUAGAUAUUUCUCUUUCUAUCACUGAUAGAAAGUUCUGAGAGUCGAUUUGCAAUGUGGAGGGAGGGAAAAGUGGUCCCACAUGCUGAUUUCCACUACCACUGUGAAGAUUCAAUAAUAUUCAACAAUUGUGUCUCAAGUCAACCAUAGCAACCCCAUUACUGAAAAUAAUUGCCAAUGGAAUUAAUACAUAUUAGUAUACACUCUACUUUGCAUCAUAUAAUGUAUCUAUUUAAAUUUACUAUCCAUUAGAUUGUAAGCUCUUGAGGGCAGGAGACUUUCACAUGAAACUGAGUGUCAAAAAAUCAUUCAUGCAUUGAACAUUUAUUUAUCAGUCCCAUGUGGUAGUUGUUUUAUCUUUGAAUAUCUUUCAGAAUCCACCACAAUACCUUUUAUAGAGCAAAGUGUCUACUAAUACAGAGCCAAUCAUCUUAUUGUAUAUUCAAGGUAAUCAUCACUGGGUUGAAAUUUAGCACCCAAAUUAAAGGUAAUUCCAACUUUU